GGGAGGAAAGACGUGGAGCGGGUGCUGCAGGACCCCUGGGCUUUGCGCAGCUGAUGCUCGUCUCCAGCUUCCGGAGGCACAGCCUGUGGUCCUACGGAGCGUCCCGGUGCUUGCACACCUAGCUGAGACCGUGGUUGGUCCUCUCCGGCUAGUUUGAAGUCUCUGCGGCUCGAGGCUCUUGCGGUGGGGGAAAGGAGAGGCCGGUGUGGAGCUCUCGGGAGGUUGGGGCUGACUCAUCUAGAGUCCCCGACUCCCCUGUGAUUGCACUUGGAAACUUUCCGCUGUGUUUCAGUCUCUGUCUCUCUUGGGGAAGCUGGACGGCAGUUCGGCAGGCCAGGUCCCUGGCCAGGACCGCGCACUAGGGGCCAUGGAGUUCACGGCGUCGCCCAAGCCCCAGCUUUCCUCCAGGGCCAACGCCUUCUCCAUCGCCGCGCUGAUGUCGAGCGGCGGCUCCAAAGAGAAGGAAGCUACGGAGAACACUAUCAAACCACUAGAACAAUUUGUUGAGAAGUCGUCCUGCGCACAGCCCCUGGGCGAGCUGACCAGCCUAGAUGCUCACGGGGAGUUUGGUGGCAGCGUCGCAGGCAACAGCAGCCCAUCCUCCUCCUCUCUGUGCACUGAGCCGCUGAUCCCCACCACCCCCAUCAUCCCCAGCGAGGAAAUGGCCAAAAUUGCCUGCAGCCUGGAGACCAAGGAGCUCUGGGACAAAUUCCACGAGCUGGGCACGGAGAUGAUCAUCACCAAGUCUGGCAGGAGGAUGUUUCCUACCAUCCGUGUGUCCUUUUCCGGCGUGGAUUCUGAGGCCAAGUACAUAGUCCUGAUGGACAUCGUCCCUGUGGACAACAAGAGGUACCGCUAUGCCUACCACCGGUCCUCCUGGCUGGUGGCUGGCAAGGCGGACCCUCCGCUGCCAGCCAGGCUGUAUGUACAUCCAGACUCUCCUUUUACUGGUGAGCAGCUACUUAAACAGAUGGUGUCUUUUGAAAAGGUGAAACUCACCAACAAUGAACUGGAUCAACAUGGCCAUAUAAUUUUGAACUCAAUGCAUAAGUACCAGCCACGGGUGCACAUCAUUAAGAAGAAAGACCACACAGCCUCAUUACUCAAUCUGAAGUCCGAAGAAUUCAGAACAUUCAUCUUUCCAGAAACAGUUUUUACGGCGGUCACUGCCUACCAGAAUCAACUGAUAACCAAGCUGAAAAUAGAUAGUAACCCUUUUGCCAAAGGAUUCCGGGACUCCUCCAGGCUCACUGACAUUGAGAGGGAAAGUGUGGAGAGCCUGAUUCAAAAGCAUUCCUAUGCCCGCUCACCCAUCCGUACCUAUGGAGGAGAAGAGGAUGUGCUGGGGGAUGAGGUUCAGACAACACAAAAUCGAGGAUCAGCCUUUACAACAUCUGAUAAUUUGUCUCUCAGUUCCUGGGUAUCAUCUUCAUCCAGUUUUCCUGGAUUUCAGCACCCACAGUCCCUGACUGCUCUUGGCACCAGCACAGCAUCCAUAGCGACACCCAUUCCUCACCCUAUACAGGGCUCUCUGCCACCAUACAGCCGACUUGGGAUGCCUCUAACCCCAUCGGCCAUUGCCAGCUCCAUGCAAGGGAGUGGCCCGACAUUCCCCUCAUUCCACAUGCCCCGGUAUCAUCACUACUUUCAGCAGGGGCCCUAUGCUGCUAUCCAAGGACUGCGCCAUUCCUCUGCUGUGAUGACGCCAUUUGUAUGACUCUUCUAAAAAUAGGAGAAUCCAGAUCCAGAAUGUGCAAAUGGGUAUGGAAAUAUAAGACAGGGUUGGGUGGGUGGGAUGUGGGGUGUUGGAGCCAGAGCUCUCCAGGAGACAUGGGACCUAUUAAAGAGGAGAGCUGGACUCACAAUAAAACCUACCACUGAGGGAAAGCACCAUGGACCAGGAUUCAUCUGUAG